AUGAUUCACAUUAUUGGCAUGAAAAUAAUUCAAAUUCAUAUGAUUUUUAUGGUUCAACAUCCAUCUCAUACAAUUUUACAACAAAAUGGUUUUACUCAACAAAUUUAUCUUAAAUAUGAACAAGAAUGUCUUGAUGAAAGCGUUAAACUUGGUCCUGGUCAAUCAAUGGAAAUGGAUACACUAUAUGGUGUUGAAUGUCUAUUUCGAUUUUAUACAUAUGAUCUAGAAAAACAUUUUCGUCAACAUGUAUUUGAAGAUUUUCAACAUGAAACUCUUUGUAAUCAUGAAGCUGAUUUUCGUGUUGAUGGUGCAUCAUUUCCACAACAAUUUUUUCCAACAAAAUCAAAUUAUAACUGUUCCAGUAUCCGAAGCAAUUCAAAUUCAUUAAAACCCAAUGGUGAACAAUAUCUGAACGGUGCUAAACUUUAUACAGAAGAAUUUAGCGUUUUAAGAAGAAUUGAUAUUGGUUUAGGUAUUGGUGGUGGUGUGAUGAAUUCUAUAUUUUAUAAUGUUGAUGAUGGUCAUCGAGAUGUUAUUUUUGAUCGUUUUCAAGGUGUUAAACUAGAUGUUAUUGAAGAAGGAACUCAUUUUAUGAUUUCAUGGCUUCAUAGACCAAUUAUAUUUGAUAUUCGUACACGACCACGAUCUGUUCCAUCAAUACCAAAAAUAAAAGAUUUACAAACAAUUAAUAUAACAUUACGUAUUCUUUAUCAACCAAGAGCUGAAUUUUUACCAAAAAUGUUUUGCAAAUUUGGUUUUAAAAUCUGUUGUACUAAGUCUCAAUUUGAUGCUAUUGAAUCGGUUACACAACGUACACUUAUUUCUCAAUGUGUUAGUGAAUUAUUAACAGAACGUGCUGCUCAAUUUGGUUUGUUACUUGAUGAUAUUUCAAUUACACAUUUAAGUUUUAGACCUGAAUUUACAAGUGCUGUUGAAUUAAAACAAGUUGCACAACAAGAUGGUGAAAAACAACGAUAUUUAAUCGAAAAAAACCAAGCUGAACAAAGUCGUCAAGUAAAUGUUAUUGCAGCAGAAGGUGAUGCUCAUACAGCUGAUUUGAUUGGGAAAGCUUUAGAUGAAGCUGGUGAUGAUAAAUGUUUGAUCGAACUUCGACGAAUUGAAGCCGCUGAAGGUAUUGCAAAUCAAUUAUCAAAAUCAAGAAAUAUCGUCUAUUUACCACAUGGUCCUCAAAUGUUACUUAAUAUUACUGGUGCUAUGCAAUAA